GAUACCUUACUUCAUCGAAGGAUUAAAUAUCACCGAAGUAGUGCUUGGUAACCAAAUGCCAGUUAUUCGGAAGGCAUCCAAGCCUUUCUUUGAUGAAAAUGGAUUUUGGAUAGACCUGGCUCUGAAUUAUGGAGGCGGUUUUCGGAUGACAAUUGAAACAAAAGCUAAUUUAAUGAAACUGAAAGAUUCGGUUGCUGCAAAGGAGAAAGAAGAAAAAGUCAAAACCAAAAAAUUAGCCAUCACUGAUGAGGAAGCUGAAGACAGCGCAGAAUCAUCGACGGACGAGGAAGAAGAAAGCGUAGGAGAGGAAGAGGGAGGUGGUGGGAAGGCAGGUCAAAAGUUCAUGCGAUACCUGGAUAAGUUAACUCAAUCAAAAUAUGUCCAGUCAGCCAUGGACUGGAAAUAUGUCAAGAAAGCAAUGGAGGAGGUGUCCAACACUCCCAUAAUCCUCACGGUGGAGGCCCACUACCUGUCUGGAGAACUGGCCCUGAACAUUCCAUUCCCACCUACAGACAGACUUUGGUAUGGAUUUAAAGGAAAUCCUAAAUUAACCUUAGUAGCAAAACCCAAAGUUGGUGCUAGACAAGUCACAGUAACUCACAUCACAGACUGGAUUGAGAAAAAACUUUCAGCAGAAUUCCAGAGAACCUUUGUGCUACCUAACAUGGAUGACCUAAUAGUCCCUCUGUUUAAAGUGUACAAUCCCAAGUCAGAAGAUAAACAUAAUGUUUGACUGAUCUAAAACCUGACAAAGUGUACUUACUUCAUCAUUGCUGCAUGGAACUUCAACUUGUUUUACAUGAGGCUUUAGCAUUGGGAUGUUGUUUGUAAUGUAAAGAGGAGGCGGGGUAUCGAUAAGGAUGUAAAUUUUUUUGGUCAGCUUUUUUUCUGAUCUUGCAAUUUAAAAUACAAGAAGUCAUUCCAAAAACAAAGAAUGCAUUUCAAAACAUAGUUUUACAGCAACAAAGAAGCUUGGUAUUGUUGAAUCUAGAAAACUUAAACUUGUGGCUUUUCAGCAAGAAAUAUAUGUUCAUGACAAUGAUUAAGAGCCUGUGAUUUGGGAUUUGAGACUCCUGACAGUUUGCUUCCCAAAUACUGUUGCCUACCUCUUGUUCUGCUUGAGUGAUCUUCCCAAAUGUUGUUGUCUACCACUUGUUCUGCUUGGAUGAUCUUCCAUAUUUAAAACUGCAAUAAUACUUUACUAAAAAUAUUGAAGAAAUAUUGGCAAGUUAGUUGACAGGGAAAUGUACAAGAAAACUUAUUAUACUAUUAUAACUUAUUACAGUGUAUAUGGUAAAUGUGUUAAUUUUCAGGCUUUUCUAGUACAUGUACAUUUGUACUGUUGGUAGACAAAAUACAAAGAAAUCCAAUAUUAGAUUUUGUGAAAUGAUAAAUAUACCUGUAUUUUAUCUUUUCCUCCCUUAAUUUUCACAAUGCAAUAAUUGUACCUGUAAAGUUGAACCUCUGUAUAUUAGUCAUUGAUAGAAGAAGGGAUCCCACAAGUAUAUUACUGGUAAUCUGUUACUUAAAUCUAAUCAAGCUAAUGAGGUUUGACUGUACAUGUUUAGAGAGGCAUAUAAGUAAAGUACUUUAACCACUUUUUAUAGACAUGCUAUGCUUGCAUCCCCACCCAAUAUAUUUUUGAUAUUGUUAUAUAUAUACAUUUGCUUUGAACUUGCUGGUAGUAAAGACCAAUCAUAAUAGUGAUACUUGAUUAUAAGCACUUAAAAAAUACCUAUAAAUGAAUACUGCUGAGUAGAAAUACAACUGAAAUACUUUUUAUGGAUAUGAAGUCAUUGGAUGUUCCAUGUAGACAAUUUUACACCCUUUGAACUUGUACAUCCUCAAAUUCAGAAUGUUAUUUUACACUAUGUUUUUUUGUUUGUUUUUUUUUUUUUUGCAAAUAUACAUCUGCUACGCAUAAUGAGUAAUAUUCCCAGGUUGAUUCUCAAAGAUAACAGUCAUAGAAAAUAACGCUGGUGAAAGACAAAUUUAAGAAGUGCAAGAUGAAAGGUUUAGUUUCAAUUAGAUUACAGUGAAAACUGUCUAAUCCGUCUUUUGAAUAAUCUGAAACACUGUGAAUUUCGACAUUAAAUUUCUUUCCCAUUUUAGUAUUUUUCUUGUUUUUAACACUGUGCAAUCCAACACCCUGUCUAUUCCGACACAAAAUUUAUCUCCCAGUGCAUGUCAGAUUAGACAGGUUUCACUGUAUUUACAGAAAUACAUGUAAAUUGAUAGCAUAGAAGCAUAGGCAUGGUCUUUGUUGCCUCUUUACUGAGAGGAGGCCAGGUUAUAGAAGUCAGAGUGUACUGUAUUUAGUUAACAUGAUAUUUAAUGAUACUAUUGGCAAUUCAUUUGAUAUUAUUGGGCCCUUGGGUAUUACAGGGACUUACAGACUUGCUCAGUAGAUCUUUUUAAGUAAUAAGAUAGUACAGCAAAUUUUUCUAAUGCCUUGAAAUUCUCUAUCUUUUUUCAUGCAGUUUUCUUGCAGUUUUCUCCAAUAGUAUUGCUGUAUAAAACCACAUGUAAAAAUGUUUUAGCUCUAUUCGAUUCAAAAUAGGUAAAUAAGUAAUAGAAAUUUGAAAAUAAAAUUUUUUCCGCAAAAAUAUCUCAGAUGAGCAGAAAUUUAACCAUAGGUGAUACUGAGGUCAUGAAGUAAAUUCCCUUCCCCGAUUAAAUUGUAACCAUAUUUGGAGUGAAGGAGUGGGUUGAAAAAGGGGAAGAACUGUCUUAUUAUUACAAAUAUUACUCUUUACUUCAGAAGCAAUUGGAUACAUUUUGUGACCAAUAUUUGUAUAAUUAGCUUGAAUUUGUUUGAUCACAACUGCUGGUGCAUAAAUAUCAAUGUAUCAAUGCAAGAUUAUUUGGUGUGCUUGAUGUUUGAAGCAUUGCAGAAGCAAAACUUGCCAAAAUGUGAAUUGAGUUUAUGUCUAUUAUUUGACAACAGUGUGUUUGGAACACAUUUCUUAAUAGCAUAUACUUUUUUCUCUUCAAUAAGUUGCAUUUUUAUAUCUGACAUUUUUUUUUCAUUAUUUGUUAUUUUAAAGAGUUGAAUAAGGGUAUAUUUAUCUCUUGAUUUCUUAUGUAAAUGUGUUAUAAUAGGUGUAUCUAUUUCAUUUUUUCAACAAAUGUCUCAUUUUCUUGCAAUAGAGUACAUGUAGAUGUAGUAACCUGGUUUGCUAGUUUUGUUUGUUUUUGAAAUUGUUAAUUUAUCUUUUAUGUCAUGAUCAAUGCUCUAGUGUGAGAUGGAAGCCAAUGGUGCCAUAUGUUUAUGUAUACUCUUGUUGCUAAUAAAACAAUUAAGACAUAA